AUGGCAGAAGGUGAAAUCCAAAAACUGCUUCCCAAAUUAAUCCAAGAUGGAAAACUCGGCCUUCUUAAAGCAGAGAUUGAAAGUGUCAGAGAUCUGAGCAGGGAGGUGAGGUGGAAGCACUUUGGAUGGUCGGGGGACACUUUCCUCCACUACGCAGCCCGACACGGCCACUUGAGCAUCCUCCAGUACUUAGCAGAAACUCUGGAAAUGGACAUUGAGUUGUUUAAUAAUGAUUACAAACGGCCCCUACACGAAGCAGCCUCCAUGGGCCACCGGGACUGUGUCUUGUACCUCUUGGAAAGAGGAGCCGCCGCCGAUUGCUUGAAGAAAGCAGACUGGACUCCCCUAAUGAUGGCGUGCACCAGGUGGAACCUAGAAGUGAUUCAAGAUCUUGUGGCGAAUGGGGCAAACCCACUGCUGAAGAACAAAGAUGGCUGGAAUUGUUUCCAUGUAGCCAGUCGAGAGGGGGAUCUCCGAGUCAUUAACUACUUGCUAGACGUCUCUCCUGAUAUCUGGAACACGGAAAGCAAAAUCAAAAGGACACCACUCCACACAGCAGCAAUGCAUGGCUGCCUGGAGGUAGUGAAAGUGCUCCUCGAGUGGUGUCAGUACAAACCUGAUAGCCCAGACCAAUGUGGAGUCACUCCCUUUAUGGAUGCAGUUCAGAAUGGGCACCUGGGCAUCGCGCGCCUGCUUCUAGAGAAGCACAAGGCUUGUUACAUGGCUAGAGACACGCUGGGCGCUCAGCCGUUGCACCACGCGGCAGUCACAGCUCAAGACGAUGCCCUUCGGUUCCUCGUUUUCGAUCUGGGCAUCGAUGUCAACGCAAGAGCCACCUCACUCCAGAUCACUGCCCUACAUUAUCACUGCCCUACAUUAUGCCCAAGGACAGGCACUAUCGAGAUGCUUCUGUCCCUCGGCGCUGAUCUAAAUGCGAAGGAUGGGAAAAAUCGAUCAGCUCUUCACAUGGCAUGUGCAGGCCAGCAUGCAGCAUGUGUGCAAAUUCUUCUGCGGGCAGGAUUGAGGGACUCUCCAGACAAUAGCAGAACAUACGCGAGGCAGCUUGCAAAGAAGCCAGACCUCCUCCAGCUUUUCAAAGAGAUCAACAUGAGUGCAUGA